UUACCCGCAAAUCAACAACACCAUAAAAAUUCGAAAAUCCCUUUUCUAUUUUUUCCCUUUUCAAAAUACCCUCAAGCCCCAAAGACCAAUUCAAAUCAAUGUCUGAAUUCCCUCUUUCUCUCUAUAUAUACUCCUAAUCGCCACAUACACUUAGUUCUCCAGCCUACCCCUUUUUUUUUUCCACUCUUAGAAUCCACUUAGCAAAAAUGCAUCGGACUCCGGUGCUUCUCGGACUCAUCGCAGUGGCUACACUGCAAAUAGUGACACCGGUAAUCGGAUAUCGUCCAUGGCCCCACUUAAAACCCAACAGUUCUGAUUUAAUGUUCGGAGGCUCCAAGAAAUUUGAGGGCUCAUCAGAGUUCGUCCACAUGAGAUACCACAUGGGACCAGUCCUCACUGCCAGCAUCACCAUCCACACAAUCUGGUACGGCCGGUGGCAGAAAUCCCAAAAGAAGAUCAUCCGCGAGUUCAUCAACUCAAUAUCGGCGGUGAAUGCCAAGCACCCUUCGGUUGCCGGGUGGUGGAAGACCGUACAGCUUUACACUGACCAAACAGGCUCCAACAUCUCCCGGACGGUGAGUUUAGGGGAAGAGAAAAACGAUCGUUUUUACUCGCACGGAAAGUCCCUCACACGCUUAUCGAUACAGUCCGUCAUAAAAAGCGCCGUAACAGCGAGUACAAAACCGUUGCCGAUAAAUGCCAAGAGUGGGCUCUACCUAUUGCUCACAUCCGAUGACGUGCACGUCCAGGAUUUUUGCGGCCAAGUUUGUGGGUUCCACUAUUUCACGUUCCCAUCCAUAGUGGGCUACACGCUCCCAUACGCAUGGGUGGGUAACUCUGCGAAGCUUUGCCCGGGAUUAUGCGCCUAUCCCUUCGCCGUACCGGAAUACAUGCAGGGGUUGAAGCCAUUAAAGUCACCCAACGGUGAUGUGGGAAUCGACGGGAUGAUAAGCGUGAUCGGACACGAGGUUGCUGAGCUGGCAACCAACCCAUUGGUGAACGCUUGGUACGCGGGGCAAGACCCCGUGGCUCCCGUUGAAAUAGCGGAUUUAUGCGAGGGUAUUUAUGGAACUGGCGGUGGAGGUUCUUACAUGGGACAGUUAUUGAACGACAAAUUUGGUGCCACGUAUAACAUGAAUGGGAUCAGACGAAAAUACUUAGUUCAGUGGGUUUGGAAUCAUAUUGUGAGUUACUGCACUGGGCCUAAUGCGCUUGAUUAGUAAUUUUUAUUUUCAUUUUCUGUUAAAAAUUUUUGAAUUUAUGUUUUUGAUUUGGUAUUUUAACUUGUCUUUUUUGUUGUUGUUGUUUUUUUUUUUUCCCCCUUUGGAUAUGGGUUUUGGGUGGCUGUUGAUGCAUAUGAUUAGUUAAGGUAGUUAAGUUUGUUAAAUAUGUCCUUUUUUUGUAAUAAUUAUUCAUAAUAUACUUUUUUUGUAUACCGAAUAGAUUGUGCUUCAA